GCUGGAUCUCGAUCAUCUCGAGGAGGAAGCGGCGAUGCGCGCGGGCGGAUCCGGUCUGUGGGUCAAUCAACUGUAAGCGGCGAGGUUAGGGAGAGAGAGGGGAGAGGGGAAAGCGGCAAUGCGCGCAUGGGGCGGCGGAGGCCACCUGAGAAGUUUUCUUCUCGGACGCUGCGGUGACCUGCAUCGCUCUUCUGUGCCUUGCUGCCGUUUUGCUGUAACCCUACCCGUGAGACAAAUAUCCUCCCUGCUGCGAUUGUGUCCGCCUGCCGCUUUGUCGCAACGUAACGCUGCGCGCGGCACUGGAGCUUCACCCUCAGCCAUAGCUGCGCACACCCAGCGUUCGAUCUCCUGUCUUCAAGACGUGUCCUCUCACACCCUACGUUGCGCUGACAGGAGCACUUCCUUUACAACAAUGGCAGCCAAGCACCUGUGGUUCGAAGAGGAGGUCGAAGAGAACUUCAGGAUCGCAUUCAAUGUCAACAGAGUGAUUCAUUCAGGGAUAAGCAAAUUCCAGCGCAUGGAUUUGUUAGAUACUCCACUAUUUGGCAAGGUGUUGGUUCUUGAUGGCAAAGUCCAGAGUGCCGAAGUGGAUGAAUUUGUGUACCAUGAAUCCCUUGUGCAUCCAGCCUUGCUUUAUCACCCAUGCCCCAAGCGAGUAUUCAUCAUGGGUGGUGGAGAAGGCUCAACAGCCCGAGAGGUACUCAAACAUAAGAGUGUGACAAAGGUGCUCAUGUGUGACAUUGACAAGGCCGCCGCCAUCCUCAAAGAGAAGAGAGAGAAGAAGGAGGCCAAGAAGAAGGCCUUGAUAGAAGAACAGGCGGCGAAGUUGAAGAGGAUUGAGGAGGAGAUGGCCAGAGAGAAGGAGAGAUUAAAGAAAGAAGAAGAAAAAAAACUCAAGGCGGUGGAAGAGGUAGAAGAAGAGCCACUGGAGAGGAGAAGAAGAGAACAAAGAGGGGAAUCCAGUGGGACCAAAGAUGACCAGUUAGAGAAAAAGAUCACAGAGUGGGUGGCGAAUUUAUCUCUGGGAGAAGAAGAAGAAGCGUUAAUGUAUGUAUCCAGGGAAGAGCAGGAGGCGGCCGUGAAGGAGUGGGAGGCGGAAGAAGAUCCACUCAAGCGUCAGGCCAUGGAGGAUGAGACGAGGAUGGAGUGGAAGCUACGGCUCAUGAGGGAGAGAAAAAGGAGAAUGGAAGCGGUGAGCCAGGUGGCAAAGGAGUUGGAGGAAGUAAAAAAGCAGAAAGACCAGAUGGCGGUACAGGUGGACCUCCUGGGUAAAAUGGAAAUCAUGGCGAGGAAUAUCGAACGCCUGACAGCGGCUCAGGAAGAGCAAUAUCAGUUUAUUAGUCAGGACAUUGCCCUGCGUUCGAUACGAUUGGGAUUCAGGGAAUUUGCGCGCGAGUUAGUGGUGCAGGUGGGAUCAGAAGUGAAAGCCCGCCUAGACAGCACAAAGCGCUAUUGCACGGGUGCCAUAGAGGGCGCCAAACUGGCCGCUCCCAAGGAGGAGGAAGUACGCCCUCGUAGGGAGCCUGUCAAAGUCAAAUUCCCCGAUUCCUAUAGUGGGAAGAAGGAAGAAAACUUUGACAAUUGGGAAGCCAAUAUUAAGACCUAUGUGCAUCUGCAAAAGGUCUCCCCAGAUGAGCAUGUGCUAGUCGCGAUUCACGCGCUAAAGGAGGAAGCUGCCAAUUUUGCCCGUUCCCUCGUUCGCGCUGCAAAUUGCAACGAGGAUGUAGUCGCCUACUCUGCGUUCACCCCCCUCGCUGAUUUCCUUAAGUUAUUGCGCGAACGAUUCGCAGAUGUUUCACGCAGUGUUAAAGCCUCAGAUAGGUUGCAGACUAUCCACUCUCGCCAGUGGAAGAGUGCCAGGGCACUCAAGGGGGUAAUGGACGAGUUAGUGGUUGUUCCUGACCAUGGGGUCACGGAAACCCAACUGGUCAAUCUCUUCUACCGGCCUAUGCCCGAAUCGUUACGCGGGCUUUUAUUUGAGAAGAGCCAGCAACCUACCAUGACCUAUGACGCAUUGAGCAGGGAAGUGGUAGCUUUUGAAGCACGGUCCAUGUCAGUCUCCACUUUCUGGCACAAGGACCUUGACAAAGGGAAGAAGUGGAAGGGUCACACUAUCCCUGGGCAGAUCAAGACCAAGGACCGUCUUCUCCUUACGUUAGAUGAAGGUAGUGUGGAGGAAGUCCCCUACGAUCAGAUAGAGUGGGGGCUAGAGGAGGAGGAGGGCAUGAGCGCUAGUCAGGGGAGGACUUACGCUGUUGUCGCGACCGAAGGGAGGCCACAAGGAAGAGGAGGAGGCCAGGGCCAAGGGGGCCGGGCCUCAGGUGGCCGUUUCCAGGGCGAUCAGGGGGUUGGCGGUAGAGGAGGAAACCGCCAAGCGGGAGGAAGGGGUCAAGGUCCCCAGCAACACCGUUCAGGUAACCGUUCAACUAAUAGGGGUGUAAACAAUACCCUGGCACAUUGCUGUCUCAGUGCUCCUGCGUUCGCACGAUUAGUGAAAAAGGAGAACUUAGAGGAACAGGUCUUCGUAGUUUACAUUAGACCUGUCACUGAGCCUAAGGAGGAGAAGCCCAUUGACCCAGCUAUUGCCAAGCUGCUGGACGAGUUCAAGGAUUUAGCUGAGACACCAACAGGAGUAGUACCGCGGCCAAUCCAGCAUCGUAUCGAGAUAGAGCCUGGCAGUAGGACUCCCAAAGGAGCGGUGUAUAGGAUGUCCCCACGGGAGUUCGAGGACCUACGCAAGCAGUUAGACGAGCUCCUAGAGAAGGGUGGGAUUAGGCCCAGUUCAUCUCCAUUUGGAGCACCUGUUCUAUUUGUCCCCAAAAAGGAGGGAGAGCUCAGAAUUUGUAUCGACUAUAGGGGUCUUAAUGCUAUCACAGUGAAGAAUGCAGAGCCGCUGCCCCGUAUAGAUGAUCUUUUAGACCGGGUGCAGGGAUGCAAGUAUUUUUCAAAGAUAGAUUUGAAGUCCGGAUAUCAUCAGAUAGAGGUCCAUCCUGAUGAUUCGUAUAAGACUGCAUUUCGGACUAGGUAUGGGCACUACGAGUUUAUAGUUAUGCCCUUUGGACUAACCAACGCGCCAGCGACCUUUCAACAUUGUAUGAAUGACCUAUUUAGGUCGUGGUUAGAUAGAUUUGUAGUAGUGUACUUAGAUGAUAUUUUGGUAUUCAGCAAGACCCUCCAAGAGCAUCAAGGUCAUUUGAGGCAGGUCUCGGAGAAGCUGAGAGAAGCCAACUUCAAGAUCAACCCGAAGAAGUGCGAAUGGGCAAAGACCCAAGUUUUGUACUUGAGCCACAUCUUAGACGGAGACCGCAUUAAGCCAGAGGAUAGCAAAAUCGCAGCGAUUAGGGAUUGGCCUACGCCCCGCACGCUGACAGAGUUGCGAUCGGUCUUAGGCCUAGCGAAUCACUACAGGAAGUUUGUGAGAAACUUCUCUACCAUCGCUGCACCCCUUCGCAGAUUGCUAAAGAAAGAAACAAUCUGGAAGUGGAAUAAGGAUUGCACGUCUGCCAUGAAGAAAUUGAAGCAGGCGUUGAUAGAGUAUCCAGUCCUUAAGGUCGCCGAUUCGUCCUUACCUUUCGUUGUUACCACUGACGUGAGCCAGUAUGGCAUAGGUGUUGUACUACAGCAAGACGAUGGCAGUGGGUAUAGACCCGUGGUGGUUGACUUUUGUAAGAAUCAUCUAAGCAUGAAUACUGAGACAUUUUCAAAUCCCCGCCUUGAGGUGAUUAUCAAUGAUGCAAGGAACGAGCUUGAGAAAGAACAAGAAGGAUAUGACGUUAUUAUAGGAGACCUUGCAGACCCUGUUGCAGGUGGCCCCUGUUAUCAGUUAUACACUAAGGCUUUUUAUGAGAAUGUGGUUAAGAGGAGACUGAAGCCUGGAGGAAUAUUUGUCACUCAGUGCCACGUCAGCAGUGCCACAUCAGCAGUGCCAUGUAAUCAGCAGUGCCACGUCAGCAACAUGACAGGCCUGCCAGGCCAAUUGGCCAAUGAGACCAUUGCCGCCUACAAGCCGCGUUGCCUGGCUCAGAUAGAGGCUGGGGAACAACGCCUGCUGGCAGUCGAGGCUGCCCGCGUACAGGCUGAAGAGGCAGCAGCAGCAGAGAAGUUGCGGCUACAGGCCGAUGCAGACGCAGAUUCCCAGGCUCGGCGCAAGGAAGCCCAGGAUCUGCUACAGCGGCAUGAAGCCACAAGCAUCGACAGACUCAAGUUCUGGCAUUUUGAACCGAACGGCGACGAGGCAACACUGGAAGAGCAGCAUAAGGAGUUCCUCUCCAAACUCGUGACAYGGUUSYUGUAUGCUUGCAACUACCAACGGUCAGAGUUKGAGAGACARUACCAGGACCUGACGCAACAGCAUCAGGAGUUGGCAACGCUCCGCCGCACAGUGCAGAGCCACGAGGAUGCAACUCGGGCACUCAAUGCCCGAUUGCUGGACCUGGAACAGGCUGUACAAGGACCAACUGCUGGGGCUUCCAGCAGUGCACCCUCUAGCCGCCAACUGGAGGAACGCGUUGACCACAUCCUGGCAAUGCUCGGCGACAAUAACACCUUCGCUGUGCCGUCCACCAUCAGCACUCAGCUGCAUACCUUGAAGACCGAGGUCCAACAGCUGCAGUCGACGAACGCAGAUGGCAAUCAGAAGAUGCCAACUUUCCAACUGGAAAAGUUCGACGACUACACGAUUCUGGCUGUCGCUAAGCACAAGUAUAUCGGCGCCCUGUUCCUGAACUCAAAGGGCGGAUGCCAGACCUGGUUGACCCACCUGGCAACCUCCCACGACGUCGACGUACCGGACCUCAAGGACAAGAUCACAUGGGAAGAACUGACACGGCUGUGGAAGAAGCAGUUCAUCGUCGACGACCCGUCGACACUUGCCAUCAACCGUUUGUUCACCAUGUCACAGGGCAACACUGCAACAUGGGAUUGGCUCACAGAGUGGCAGAAGAUUGCGGCAGUGCCCAAUCUGGACCUGCCUUUCACUCAUCUCAGGCGUGAGUUCUACAACAAGUCCUGUGCUGCAUUCAGCCAGGCUCUUGGUGAUCGCGAGCAGUACGCCACCUUCGCCGAGAUUAUCGACAAGGCGCGAGAGAUCAUCAAGACCAACAGGUCUAAUGGCAAUUUGAUGGUAUCCGGACUUCAGAUCUAUCUGGGUGAAGUACCGGCAUCCCUGCACUCUAUCCAAGAGGUCGUCGAUGCGGUGUAGGGGCUCCGCGUUCUUAACAGUGAUGGCAUUGAGAC